UUAUUUUCAUGCGAGGCUUAUUAGGAGAGAGACGAGAGAGAGAGAGAGAGGAGAGAGAGAGAGGAGAGAGAUGGAUAGGAUGUUUCAAGUGGAUGAGAUACCUGACCAGCUAUGGUCACCCCACUCCCCGAUCCGGCUCAGUCUGGAGGAGGAGGAGGCGGACUACCCGUCUUCCUCCUCCAUCACCACGACUGCUGCUUCCAAGAUGAUGCGGAUGAACCGUAGUUCGUCGGAAUGGGCAUUCCAGCGAUUCCUCCAGGAGACUGCGGAGCCUGAUCGCACUACCACCACGCUGCAGUCACCAUCGUCGUCGAUGCAUCCUCCCCACAACGAAGAAGUCGUGGAGAUCAAAGAGAACCAUCAUUACAGUUUGGUGGUCGGUGCAAAUAGUAAUCAGCAGCAGCCGGAGGAGGCAGCAGGGGCGGCGGCAGGCCCGCCGCCGGAUAUUCCGAUAGAUUCCAAGGAGUACCAGACUUAUCUUAAAAGCCGCCUUCAGCUGGCUUGCGCCGCCGUCGCUUUGACUUGGGCAAGCAAUCACAAGGCCCAAGAGUCUGCCGCUACCGUGUCCCCGGCUUCUAAUCCAUCACAGCUGAACUCUCACAUUAAUCAUAAAGCAAGUGGACAGGAUUCAUCAAAGCUACAAGAGAUAGAUGCUGGUGAACCAGUUUCUCUGUCUCCCUUACCAGCUGUGUUUAAGAAAUCUGCAGCCCAGGUAAAGUCAGUGACAAGUGGAUCAUCGGUGGAACAAUCAGAUGAUGAUGAAGCUGAGGGAGAAAAUGAAGCGACUCAAAAUAUGGACGCUACAGAUGCAAAACGCAUGAGAAGAAUGCUUUCAAAUAGAGAAUCAGCUCGUCGGUCUAGAAGAAGAAAGCAGGCCCAUUUGACUGAGCUUGAAACACAGGGUACUCAAUUAAAAGUUGAGAACUCUUCUUUACUCAAGCGCCUUACAGACAUAACCCACAAGUACAAUGAAGCAGCUGUUGACAACAGAGUUCUGAAAGCCGAUGUUGAGACAUUGAGAGCAAAGGUCAAAAUGGCUGAAGAAACAGUUAAGAGAGUCACUGGGCUGAACCCACUUUUCCAAGCCAUGUCCGAGAUAUCCACAAUUGCAAUGGCAUCCUUUGUCAAUAGUCCCGACACAUCAGCCGACGUAGCUAUGCCAGUGCAAGAUGAUCUGAAGCAGUAUUACCACCACACCCCAUCUAAUAGUCACACCUCUGUGGGAAACCAUACAAUUCAAAAUGGUAUUAUGGAUAUUGCUCCAGGAGAGAAUGUACAAUCUAACGCAACAACAGCAGUUGGGUCGAACGAGAAGGGAAGGACUGUUUCCAUGCCAAGAGUUGCCAGCUUGGAACAUCUGCAGAAGCGCAUCCGUGUUUCCUCAGGUACACAAGGUGCCGGUGAACCUUAAGGAUACGUUGACAGGAGUCCAUAAAUUUUAGUUUGUAGUAUCAUUUUUUCUUGGUCUAAGUUGCUCUCUGGAUAAGAUUCAUCCCUGGAUUAAUUUUUUCUUAUGUGAAGUUCCUGAUACAAAUAGGUUUUCUAUUCGAUUAACAAUUGCAAGAUUAAAUACACAUUUGAUUCCUUUGUU